AUGAGGCAAACUAAAUUUAAGGUCAACGAAACAUACUUAUAUUGUCUUCAUUUACAAUUGUAUCGUGAUUCAAAGGAUCGGUACAAACAAGGACAAACAAAAGCAUCAUUAUCCCUUCAACAUUUUUUGGGAAUUGAAUCUGGUUUCACGUUGGAUAAAGAAAGUCAUACAAUAGCAAUUAUUUGUCAAGAUGUGAUUGUUGUAUUAGCAUUUGAAAACAGGGAACGAUUAAUACAAUGGCAGGUGAAGAUAUCAACGAAUUUGGGAGAAGAUUUACAAUAUUCGCUGUUAAUUUCAACAGUACCAUCAAAGGCAAAAGUCCCUAACGGAUCGGCUAAGAUGCAUGUACAAGAUUACAAAUUCUGUUUAACUACUGGUGUCCCGCCACGAUUGGCUGGUGUCUGGGAGAUUGCACAUCUAAGGCGGUAUGGUGUUGUUGAAGGAAGAUUUUGUUUCGAAGGAGGCUCAAGGUGUGGCAAAGGAGAAGGUCUAUAUGUUUUAAUCACAGAUCAAGGAAGUGAAAUAACACAAACAUUACAAUCAGCUGCACAAGGAAAAUUAUCUGCAAAGAGGCGUCCAGUCUCCCGAAAGACACCAGCUAUGGAUAGUCCACGAAAACAAUUACAUCCACGUUCAGAAACAAGAAAUAGCGAUGUUAGUUGCUUGGACACAUUCGCUUCCAGUCAACAUCAUCCUAAUGUUAUCAGCAAUCCAAAUUCAGAUAUGUCCAGAAGUUUAUACUCACAUGAGGAUCCAUGCCAGUGUGCUAAUUCCUUAAAUUCAUGCAUGCAGCAUAAUGAUGACUUGGUUUGUGCGUACCAUCGAACAAGUUCACCAUAUAAUUGGUCAACUGAAUCACACAGUGGGCUGCAUCCACAUUCAAAUGCUGAUUUAGAUUUUAAUUAUGGCUGUGGUGACACUGUAUCUGUGAGUGAAAUGCAUGAUAUUGUACAGAGUGAAACAUGGACAUCAGCAGAUAAUCAAGGUCGUAACACAUUUGGCCAGCCUACACUAGAAAGAUGUAUGAGUUGUAUUUCAAAAAUGGCUUCUCCAUCUAUGUCUCGAUCAGCAACUGAUACAGUUGGCGGUGGUACCUGCUCAAAUGGCCCACCUUUCAAUCCAGCUUGGACAAUGGAAAAUUCACAGGUACCCACUUGUACUCAUCGUUCACAACCAGUAAGAAAUACUUCUGAUCGAAUGUCUGUAUGUUCAUCACAUGGCAGUAGUAGCGGUAAUUCUGAAUAUUCAAUUCCAAGACAAUGCAUACAUGAUGUAACAAGGAAUAUUUCGUCACCAACACCACCCAAUGUUCCCCCUAAAAGUCCAAAGAAUAUCCAAAAUCCUUUAACACUUGCAACAGCUGUACAAGCAUGUCAAUGUCCACCUUUACGGCCACCAAAACCACCACAGUUAUCAACUUCGGCAAAUAAUUCUCCCAUAAAAAAGAAACCGAAAAAAUUACCAAUGCCACUGCCUAUUACUACACCUUUAAAGCCUGCGAACCCAACAUGCCCGUGCCAAUCUGGAAAUAUUCAAGAAAGCACUAAUAAACAUGUAGGACCUUACGAAAAUUACGACAUACCAAAAACACCUCUAUUAGUUGAUCCAAAAAAUAAUGAAUGUGUAGUAGUUCAUCAACCGUCUUCGGGUGUAAAUCAAGAUGAAAAUUAUGAUACACCGAAGAAAAUAAUGGAAUGCCUGGCUUCUGAAAAACAGAGUAUGCAUAAAAAUUUACCUUCCGUUCAAACGAUGAGUAUUCGAAAACCAUGCGGUUGUAUUCUUAAAUUUAACAAAAAGACAAUGCCACAAACUGAAACAAAAUUGUAUGACCAUUAUGAUGAAGGUCAGGUUGAUUGCCCAUGUCGUCGUGUAACACCAAUGUGUUGGCCAGGAAAUUGGAUGACAAUACCAUAUUGUCGACGUGGGAAUGGAAUGGAGAAUACCAGUAUGCCAAUCACACAAAUAGUGCCUGAAAAUAAAUCGGAAGCACUUUAUGCUACAGUAGAUAAAACGAAAAAAUCUAAUCGUAAACUUCAAGAAUCAUGUAUAACAACAAAUCCACAAUCUUGUAUGUGUCCUGAAAAUGAUGGAAACUAUGCGAAUGUAGAGCCAUUAUUGCCACCUAAAGAGAAUAAAGAAAACAUACCAAAUACUACAAAGAAAAUACCUGUAGAUACGUCAGAAAACUAUGAAAAUAUUGAUUUUGCUCAAUCAUUGGAACAUUAUGAAAAUGCUAAACAGCUCUUACAGAAAGCUGGUAUUACUCAAGACGAAUUAGAUCGUUUAGGCUUAGAAAUGAAAUCAGAAAGUCAGCAACAUUGUAUAAAUAGUUCGGGUACAAAAUAUUGUCAUAAAUGUGGCCAUACUAGCACACAGGCAACCGAAAGCGAAGCUUCACAAUCCGAAUUAGAAAUUUCACAAGAUGCAACAAUGGAUAAACAAGAUGAUUAUUUAAUGAUGGAACCAGGUAAAACAAACCAACCACAAUCUGAAAGUGUACAAAAAUCACAACCGGAACAGCAUCCGUUUCCCGGAUAUAUUCCAAUGUCUCCAAUUACAAAUACAGAUAAAUCUGAAAAGGCUGAUUUAUUGAAACAUCGCGUCAAUCGUCUGAUGGGAGAAAAAUCAUCAAGCAAUCCCAGUCUAGUAGGCCCUGCAGUAGACCGAAGUAGAAAAAGGUCUGAUUCUGAUAUGCGAAUACCAGGAGCCGCCAUGUUAAUGCAUCAUCAUUUUGGAAAUAGUCCGUAUAAUAGAAAGCAAAUAAUGGAUUCCAGUGACUGUAUUGAAAACUGUCGAAAAUUCAAUUUGAUAGCUCGCAAACGUUCAAACUCAGCUGAUUCUAGUCGAUUUGUUGAGGGAAGUUCAGAUGACUUAGACUUAACCAUAAGUCGAACGACUUCUCCUUCUACUGAAACAUUAAGAAAAUUAUCAUUAUCCUCAUUAACGACUAACGAAUCAACUCAAAUUGAGCAUAGACUUUCGUCUCCUUGUUUACAUCAAGAAACCGAGCCUUGUUAUAGCGAAAAAUACUGUCGAAAACUUAGUAUAGACGUUAAUUCAAAUGAGACUGAAGGUGAAGAUAAUAGUAGCCUAAACAGUGAUUCUUUACGAACGCAAGUUACAACAACACACCAACAAACUGUAAAUAUAAGAAGAUCGUCUAGUGUGCCAUGUAAAUCUGGACAAAAUAGAGAUUCAAGCAGUUCCAAUGAUUCAGGCGUAUCGACAGGUUCAUUAAAACAUCGCGGUGCAGAUUUCUCUGAGUUUGAGUUACCAUUAACCACAUCCUUGUCGAGUCGACGACAUCAUCACUACGCACAACGACUCAUGAUUGCUCCAACGAACUGUCUACAUUCGUCAUUGCCAAGAAGGUCAAAAUCUUCAGAUCCUCUCAGGGAAUUAACAUUCCAAUUCCAAAAAAUUAAAAUUCCGGCCAAAUCAUCUUCAGCUGAGGCAGAAGUACCGAUUUUCUCAACUAAAGGUAUAAAAGGUUUCAGUAGUCCUGCUGAUAGUUCAAUGGGACCGCCAUACAUCGACUCUCGUAGCACAAGUAGUGGUACUUCAGAUAUGUCAGAUUACAUCGAAACUCUUUCUCUGUCUUCCCAUAGCUCUUCAGAUGCUGCAGAUCUAAGGCUUAUAAGACAACCUACAACAACAUUACGACCACGAUCUGGAAAAGAGUAUCAUAAUAUAGAUCGUUCAAUGUUAGUUGGUCAGCACGGACUUAUAUUAGAUGGGACAAUGAAACUUCAAACAUGUGGUACAGGAAAUCGAAGCCAUGGUAUACAAAGAGAUCCAAAUGCUUCGUAUGCUAACAUAACUCCAGUUCCUGAAAAAUCCGAAUCACCGAGUCCUGGUUAUAUGAGUGGAUCAUCUCCAAGUCAAGAAAAUCCUCCCACAGUCCCUCAAACCCUCCUAUCUGGAUCAUCACAUUUUAAUUUCCAGACAACUCAAUAAAUUUGGUUCUGCAACUCAAAAGAAAAGCAC